GCGCGCUCGCCAGUACCCUGGGAGCCUGCGGCGCGCACGGUCCCUGCGCACGCGCCGGUCACAAAACCCACAAGAUACUUUUCAAAUUUUCUCCCUUACAGUGUGUGAUAAACUGUUCGUUACCGUGCCUAACAAGGAUUGCAGUGCUUUCAGUGAUAACGAAACGAAUAGCUCUAACGAAACGUGUUUUACAACUUGGAUUUAGUGCCGUAUAAUGUUCUGAAUGUUGUUAGCGAACGUAUUUGUGAAGUGUUGAACGGUUUCGGAGAUUAGGUGUAGUGACAAUGUGCGUGCGGUGAGGCCCGGCGAUGGCGCGCGCGCUGCUGCUCGUGCUCGUGCUCGCGCUCGCGCUCGCGGCGGCCGAGCACGUGCGGGACUUCGCCGUGCGGGAGAACGCCCGCGCCGGCGCGCUGGUGGGCCACCUGGGCGACGAGCUGCCCGACGCCGCGCCGCCCUACACCAUCGUGCCCGUGCCCGGCAGCGCCGUCAACGACGACCUCCGCAUAGACCCGCACACCGGCGAGAUACGGACCAAAGUGCCUCUUGAUAGGGAGAAUAGGGACCACUACGCGCUCGUCGCCAUCCCGGCCAGUGGGGACAACAUCCGUGUAGUGAUACGGGUGCUGGAUGAGAACGACAACGCGCCCGCCUUCCCCGCGCCCGUCAUGAAUGUCGAGUUCUCCGAGAACACGCCCCGGGACGUGAAGAGGAAGCUCAACCCGGCGCGCGACCGCGACCUGGGCGCGUUCAACACGCAGCGGUACAACAUCGUGGCCGGCAACACCGACGCCGCCUUCCGCCUCUCCUCGCACCGCGAGCGCGACGGCGUCCUGUAUCUAGAUCUACAAAUCAAUGGCUUUUUAGAUAGGGAAACAACGGAUCAUUACGAACUAGUGAUAGAGGCUCUAGAUGGUGGCACGCCGCCUUUGCGCGGGACAAUGACUGUGAAUAUCACAAUCCUAGAUGUCAACGAUAAUCCGCCCGUGUUCGCGGAAAGCGUUUAUUCAGCCUCUAUCGCGGAGAAUGCCACCGUGGGCACUCCUAUUCUAAAAGUCUCCGCUACCGAUAAAGAUUCUGGUGAAAAUGGACAGAUCGAGUAUUCGAUAAAUAGAAGGCAGAGUGAUAAAGAGAAUAUGUUUAGGAUCGACGCCGAAACAGGGGAGAUCACUGUGAACAAAGCUCUAGAUUUUGAAACAAAGGAGCUGCACGAAUUAGUUGUUGUCGCGAGAGAUAAAGGGGCGCAAACAUUGGAGACAACAGCUUUUGUUUCGAUCCGAGUGACGGAUGUGAACGACAACCAGCCCACAAUAGACGUGAUCUUCCUGAGCGACGACGCGACGCCGAAGAUAUCGGAGUCCGCGCAGCUCGACGAGUUCGUCGCUCGCAUCUCCGUCCACGAUCCCGACUCGAAGACCGAAUACUCUAACGUGAACGUAACUCUGAGCGGAGGCGACGGCCACUUCGAUUUGCGCACGCACGAUAACAUAAUCUACUUAGUAGUAGUUGCGUUGCCUUUAGACCGUGAAUCCCAGUCGUCCUACACGUUGAACGUCGUCGCGACAGACAAGGGCUCGCCGCCGCUGCACGCGUCGCGCAUCAUCAGUCUGCGAGUGACUGAUGUGAACGACAACUCUCCUGUGUUCACGGAGCUAGAAUACAAGGCUAGCGUGCCUGAAGCGGCGGCGCCCGGCACGCCGGUGGUGCAGGUGUCAGCGACGGACGUGGACGAGGGGGAAAACGCGGAUAUUCGGUACUCUUUGCUCCCGACCGCGCAGUCAGAGUGGUUCACCAUCGACGAGCGGUCAGGGUUAGUGACGACACGUGCGCGGGUGGACUGCGAGACCAACCCGGCGCCGCGGCUGACGGUGCUGGCGCGGGACGGGGGCGCCCCCGCGCUGUCCGCCACCGCCUCGCUGGUGGUCACGGUGCUGGACGUCAACGACAACGAGCCCAUCUUCGACCAGUCCUUCUACAACGUCACCGUGCCCGAGAACGAGGCCGUCGGCAGCUGCAUUUUAAAGAUGUCAGCCAUCGACCCUGACUGCGGCGUGAACGCUAUCGUCAACUACACGCUCGGGGACUCCGCCGGCCGCGGCCAGUUCAGCAUCAGCGCCGACUCGGGCGAGCUGUGCGUCGCCGCUCCGCUGGAUCAUGAGCUGAGUGCCGAGUACGAGUUCCCGGUCGUUGCUACUGAUCGCGGCGGUCUGUCGACCACGGCCAUGGUGAAGAUCCAGCUGCUCGAUAUCAACGACAACGUCCCGGCGUUCACUACGAGAGACAACAGCGUGUCUCUGAAGGAAGGACGCAUCUCCUCGGCCGAGCCUAUCGUGGCCGUGUCUGCGGCAGACGCCGAUGGGGGGCGGUACGGAGCCGUCACGUACCGGAUCAUAAACGGAAACGACAACGACGUGUUCCGCAUCGACCGCGCUAGUGGCGAGAUCUUCGUCACGAAGCCGGCGCUCAUCCAGGCCAACUCCAAGUUCGAGCUGGAGGUGUCCGCGACGGACGGCGGCGGGCUGUCCGCGCCGCAGUCCGCGCGCGUCCGCGUCAACGUGAUGCCGGCCGGCGUCGGGUCCGUCUUCGACAAGCCCCGAUACAACUUCCGAGUUAGAGAAGACGUGAGGAGCGGCACCGUCGUUGGCAACCUCAAACCCGCAUCCACUGAAAGAGGUAAACAAUCAGUCCGCUACUCCAUCGUGUCCGGAGACUUCGACCGCCACUUCACCAUCGAACCGAUGACCGGCUCCAUCCGGACCUCGUCGCAGCUGGACCGAGAGAUCAAGGCGUCUUAUCUGCUUAAUGUUCAAGCUGCAACGGGCAACUCUCAGAACUAUGAUCAGACUCAGGUCUCAAUAAUAGUGGAAGACGUGAACGACAACGCGCCCGAGUUCACAUCAGCAAUGCCAGUGAGAGUGUCAGUAGCUGAGUCCACGGCCAUAGGAUCCGUAGUAUAUGCAGCCAGAGCCACAGAUGUGGAUGAAGGAAAGAACGGACAGCUGACGUAUGCUCUCCUUUCUGCCAGUGGACCCCCGAAUACGUUUGGCGUGAACUCACAGCAUGGCUUAGUGACUUUGCUGAGGCCUUUGGACUAUGAGAACUUAGUGAAGCACACUCUACUUAUAACAGUGAAGGACAAUGGAACUCCGUCUCUAAGUGCCAACUUGACUCUGGUGGUGGAUGUCCAGGACGUCAAUGAUAAUGCCCCGGUGUUUGAACAUGAUUCCUACAACGCCAAUAUCUUGGAAUCUGAAGCUGUUAACACAAAGAUUCUCGAAAUCCAAGCAAUUGACAAAGACACAGGCAACAACGCAAGAAUCACCUACCGCAUCGUGCCAGAAAACAAUACCAUCGAUGACUUCUUCGGAGUGCACCCAAACACUGGCUGGGUGUACCUCGCCAAACAACUAGACCGAGAGACAUCUUCUGUUCACAAAAUGACUCUGACUGCCACGGAUAAUGGUAUCCCGCCCUUGUCAGCUACGGCUCGGCUGGUUAUUAACAUCAUAGACGCAAAUGACAACGAUCCAAUAUUUUCUAAAGCGUCGUAUGAAUUCAAAGUUGAGGAGAAUAAGGAGGCUGGAGCGGUUGUCGGGAGGAUCUCGGCUAAGGACGCAGAUUUGGGUGACAACGCCGCUCUGAGAUACAGCCUCUUUCCUACAAACACCAGCUUCAACGUUAAUCCGGUUACAGGUGUAAUCACAACAAAAGAGAGAUUGGACCGUGAAUUCAAAGCAUCGUACGCCGUAUUCGCUGAAGCUAAGGAUCAAGGAACGCCUGCUAGGUCUAGCAGAGUUCCAGUCCUGAUACAAAUAACAGAUGUUAAUGAUAAUUCUCCAGAAAUUAUCGAUCCUAGAGAAGAUGUGGUCAGCGUCAGAGAGGAACAGCAACCUGGCGCAGAAGUAGCCAGAGUGAAAGCAAUCGACAGAGAUAAUGGUGUUAACUCUUCUCUCACUUACUCAAUAUUAAAUGAAAGAGACUCUGAUGGAUUCGGAGUAUUUGUCAUUGAUUCCAAAACUGGCGUCAUUAAAACCAGCACAGUUCUUGAUCAUGAAGAAAGAUCUAUUUAUCGCCUAACAGUAGCAGCCACUGAUGGUGGAAAACCACCAAGACAAACUGUACGGCAGUUGAAAGUGGAAGUGUUGGACUUAAAUGAUAACAGACCUACAUUUACAAGCUCGAGUUUAUCUUUCAAAGUGAAGGAAGACGCUAUAAUUGGUCAUAUUGUGGGCGCAGUUGCUUGUUGUGAUAGCGACAUUCAAGAAAACUUGGUGAAUGGUGACAAUGAAAAACACAUUUCUUAUUUACUAAUGCCGAUUACCAGCGAUCACCAUCCUGGCACGUUUGAAAUUGAUAGACGCACUGGGUCUCUGGUAGUUGCUCGACAAUUAGACAGAGAAAUGCAAGACGAAUACAGACUAGAAGUCAGAGCUUUAGAUACCUCAUCAACAAAUAACCCUCAGAGUAGUGCGGUCACUGUUAAAAUUGAAAUAAUUGAUGUGAAUGACAAUGCACCACAGUGGGCUGAAGACCCUAUCACAAUCAAAAUUUCAGAAGUCACACCUUUAGGAAGUAUUGUUUAUAAUUUUACUGCCAGUGAUGCCGAUACGGGCAGUAAUGGAGAGUUGAAUUACGAGAUAACAUCAUCAUUACCAGCUAAAUCCCCCGUAUUCACAAUAGACCCUCUUACAGGAUCUCUCACUCUUACGUCCCAUUUAGACUAUGAGAGUUUGAAAGAAUACUGGCUAACUGUAAGAGCCACUGAUAUGGCGCCUAAUGUUGUAGAGAGACAGUCGUCGGCAGCGACAGUUCAUAUUAUAGUCACAGAUGCUAAUGAUAAUGCACCUAUUUUUGUAUCAGCUGCCAAAGCUUCUGUCUCCUUGAAUACACUUACUGGAACUAUUUACCAAGCUUUAGCUGUAGAUGCGGACUCUGGGGAGAAUGGAAAAGUUUCAUACUCAAUUUCAAACAGCAAAAAUGAUGCUUACUUUACCAUGGAACACGAUACAGGAAAACUAUUACUGUCUAAAAAGGUUUCUUCUGAAACAUCUAAAGUGAAACCCGGACUCUAUAAACUGAAUUUGACAGCAUCUGAUCAUGGUUCUCCAUUUCCAAGAAUGAGUCAUAUGCUGCUGACACUGAACUUACUAGAAUCAACAAAUGUACCUCCAAGAUUUACACAAGCAUUUUACAAAGCUAAUAUUAGUGAAGAUAUUAGACCUGGUAGUUUUGUUACCAGAGUAUCAGCCAAAUCAUCACGAGGUGAAAAUGGUAACUUGACAUAUUUUAUUCCAACCGGAGUAGCAGACGGCAAAUUUACUAUUGAAGAAAAACGAGGCACUAUUUUUGUGACAAGUAAAAUAGAUAGAGAACAAAAGGACACAUACGUCGUACCAGUUUAUGUAACUGACUCUAGCACCUUUCAGUCGUCAAACUUUGAUGUCACUAUUGUUACCAUUAAUGUCCUUGAUGUAAAUGACAAUCCACCUUCCUUUAAACAAGGAUCUUGUUACCCACUAUCGGUUCCUGAAAACAAUGAUCUUGGCGUUAUACAUACGGUUACAGCAACGGACAACGAUAUUGGAGCUAAUGCUCUAAUAACUUACAGUAUCAUAUCUGGAAAUAAUGGAAACAGAUUUUACAUAGAUCCAUCGUCAGGCCAGCUUUCAGCAAGGACAUUAGAUAGAGAAACACAAUCAAAAUAUUAUCUUACGAUUACUGCCUAUGAUCACGGUAAUCCUAUCGCCCUCCAAAAAUCAUGUAAUUUAACAGUCAUAGUUGAAGAUCAGAAUGAUAACGAUCCUGUUUUCGACACCGGUCAUUAUUCAGCAAUGAUUCCCGAAGACGCCGCAAUAGAUACAUCUGUAAUAAAAGUACGAGCUACUGAUGCUGACUUAGGAUUCAAUAAACGUAUUGUUUAUUCUUUAGCAAAUGAAAGUCAAGGGCUGUUUAGAAUUGACAACAAAAGUGGCAUCAUAUUUACUACCGGAAAUUUCGAUCGCGAAAAACGAGACAAAUACCAUUUUGAAGCUGUUGCAACAGAUGAAGGCCGUUACAUUGCCCGAUCACAAAGAGUUUCUGUUGAAGUUUCUAUUAAUGAUGUCAAUGAUAAUAAGCCAAUUUUCACUAAAUACCCAUUUUCUGAACAAGUUGCAACUUUGACACCUCCCGGACAAAGUCUACUCAAAGUCCAAGCAACCGAUACCGACAUAGGAACAAACUCCGAAAUCUUGUACGAAUUAGUCGAUAUCUCAAAUCACAAGUUUCGAAUAAACCCAACUACAGGUGUUCUUACUGCAACGCAGAGCUUAGCAAGUGAAAAUGGUAAAUUGAUUCAUCUCAAAGUCUUAGCCAAAGAUAAGGGUAACCCUCCACAAAGCUCGAUUGGACUUAUAGAAAUAAGAGUUGGUGACUUUUCCGACCAAACACCUAUGCUUCACUUCCAAAACGCUACAUACAAUAUAUCUAUACCCGAGAACCUUCACUAUGGGAAAGAAGUUAUGCAAGUAACCGCAGUAAGAAGUGAUGGAAGGCGACAAAGAAUAAUUUAUGAGUUUGGAAGUGGAAACGAUCAGUACGCUUUUGACAUCGAUUCCAAUACAGGCGUUAUUCGAGUCAACAAUUCGGCAAAUCUAGACUACGAAUCUUUCCCGGGACCCAAAAGGAAAUUCGUUGUCGUGGCUCGAACAGAAGGAUCUCCUGUUUUAUACGGAUACAGUGAAAUUACUGUAAAUCUUUUGGACCAGAAUGACAACGCUCCCCGAUUUACGCAACAGCAAUAUAUUGCAAACGUACUCGAAGGAAAUACCAAAGGGGAAUUUGUUGUGCAGCUGUCUGCUAAGGACAGCGACCAAGGUGCAAACGCCAGGAUCUUAUACCACAUUGUAGAUGGUAACCACGAUAACGCCUUCAUAAUUGAGCCGGCUUUUUCCGGAUCUGUGAAGACAAACAUAGUGCUGGAUAGAGAAAUCAGGGAAACCUACAAAUUAACAGUGAUUGCGACUGAUGAAGGUGACCCACAAAUGACUGGAACAGCUACACUGCGAAUUAAUGUUGUCGAUAUCAAUGAUAACCAGCCUACAUUUCCCCCACCAAAUGUGAUUUCAGUAUCUGAAGGCACUGCAGUCGGGACUGUGCUCACUUCGGUUACUGCCAAUGACGUCGAUACAUACCCUGCGCUCCAGUACAUUAUAACAAAAGGAGAUGACAAGUUUUCCAUCGACCGCUACAGUGGAAAAGUUGUACUAAAUGGUCCACUAGAUUAUGAAAGUGAGAACAUUUAUCACAUCAAUGUGACUGCUUCGGACAGCGAGCACAUCGCACAAACAACCCUAACUGUUAAAGUUACUGAUGUAAACGAUCACGCUCCUGAAUUUGACGAGAAUUCGUACUACAGAGUUUUGCCUGAAGGCAGCGGUGUCCAAGAGAUCGGUUCCCUCAGCGCGAAAGACAAAGACAGCGAAGACAACGGAAAGAUCAGUUUCUCCCUCUUGCACCCAGUCAAGGGUUACUUCAUCGACGCGACCUCUGGCGUCAUCUACGUGAACUACAGUUCCUUGCCAGAGAAGCACAGAGACACGCAGCUGGCCGUGGUGGCGACGGACCACGGGAAGCCGAACCGGAGUGCGGUGGCGGCCGUCAAGAUCAGCGCCGGCGCGUCGUCUGAGAUCAAGCCGUUCAUUGGACAGGAUACUUACAGAAUUACGGUGAACGAAGACAUGGAAAAGGGAUCUUCACUUCUUCAGAUUGGAGGCAUUAACGACAUCGUGAAAAAGUACAAUCUCGAAUUUCACAUAAUAUCGGGAAAUGAAGCGGAGUCUUUCGAUGUUUCUUCGGACGGUGCUCUUCUAUUGGUCAAGAAAUUAGACAGAGAGACGCAAGAUUCCUUCGUUCUGGGACUAGCUGCCGUGGAGCAGGGAAAAGUUCUAUCGUACAACCAGAACAAAACAUCAAUUACCAUAUUCGUGACAGUGGCAGAUUCCAACGAUAACGCACCAGUGUUCUUAUCAAAAGACUUUGAACUAACUGUGAGCGAAGAUGUCAAAAUUGGCUACACAUUAAUUCAAAUGUCAGCAACUGAUGCUGAUUUGUAUGGAACACCGAACUCUGCAAUCACGUACAAUAUUACUUCUGGAGAUGAUAAGGGACUGUUUUACAUAGAACCACGUACAGGUGUAAUAACUGUCAAUAAAACACUAGAUUACGACACAAGUAAUACACAAUAUAAACUUAUAAUUAUAGCUUGUGAUCAAGGAUUGCCCGCAUUGUGCAAUGCAGCUUACAUAAAACUGGAAAUAAUUGAUGAAAAUGACAACACUCCAACAUUCCCUGUAACUGAGUAUUUCGAAACCAUUGCGGAAAAUGAAAGAGUUGGGACAUCUGUAUUUACAGCAAGAGCUACUGAUUUAGACCGGGGACGCUAUGGAAAACUAAAUUAUUCUAUUUCAUCUUCGUCGCACAACAGAAACGACGAUUCUUGGAAAAUGUUCCAAAUUGAUUCAAGUUCUGGUUUAGUAAAUACAAACGCUGUGUUUGAUUAUGAACAGAAAAACAAAUAUGAAUUUUCAAUUAAAGCUUCUGAUAUUGGCGGUAAAAGCUCAACAGUGAAAGUAAGAAUCGAUAUUGAAAGUCGUGAUGAAUUUUAUCCUCAAUUCACGCAAAAGACCUACAACUUCCCUGUGCCAAAAACUGGAGCAUUACCAUCAGGUUAUACGAUAGGUCGAGUCACAGCCACUGACCGAGACAAGGGAAUCGAUGGAAGAAUAGUUUAUCAGCUUUCAACUUCACAUUCAUAUUUCAAAAUAAAUAGAACAACCGGCGUUAUAAUUGUCAAGAAAAAGGCAGAUAGUGUCGAAACUCUGUUUGGUUACGAUAAAUCUAUAAGCCUGGUGGUUACAGCAAGUUCAGGAAGACAAGGAUCUUUAACAAACAAGACUGCAGUAGAAAUAUCAUUAGAUCCCCUGGGAGUUAUAGUGGAAGUACCACCAGAAGGAAAUGCCGCUGUGGCUGCAAAUGGAGGCCUUUCAGACUGGGCACUAGGACUGCUAAUAUGUUUUAUAUUUAUCAUCAUAAUAUUUGCUGCUGCAUUCUUAUUCCUUCACAUGAAAAAUAAGAGGCACAAGAAGGUUAAUAAACCUGGUUUGAAUUCUGAAGGAGUUGGAGCCACAAAUAGUUACGUAGAUCCAAGCGCUUUCGACACAAUACCUAUAAGAAAUACUGCUCCGGGUGCAAGUCAGUUUGCUCCACCUCGAUAUGAUGAAAUCCCACCGUACGGACCGCACACUGCGAGCUCAAACUCUGGAGCAGCUACAACCUCUGAACUCUCUGGCUCAGAUCAGUCAGGUUCAAGUGGCAGAGGCUCCGCGGAAGACGGCGAAGAUGGCGAAGACGAAGAAAUUAGGAUGAUAAACGAGGGCCCGCUACAAAGAGAUUCAUUGCAUCGUCAGAACAAUGGCGUUGAAGAUGAUAAUCUUUCCGAUGUUUCAGUUCACAAUACUCAGGAAUACUUAGCGAGGCUCGGUAUUGUUGACACAGGGGCCGGUGGAGGGGCUUCUACAUCAUCAAGAAGAUGUUCAGAAAAUGUAACUAACAAAGAUCCAAUUCUUCAUCAUGGCACUAUAGAUCCUAUCCAUAUGUUCGAUGAAGACGCGGCACAUGAAAACGAUAUUACUAACCUAAUUUAUGCAAAAUUAAAUGAAGUGACGGGCAGUGAGCGAGCGAGUAGCGCAGACGAGGCCAGUGCAGCAGUAGAUAGAGCCAUGGCUUUAGGGGCAUUCCCAAGUGCUCCCGGGGAGAACACAGCAGUCCCAACUCAGGGACCGUCCAUGACAGGUAGUUUAAGUUCAAUUGUACAUUCAGAAGAGGAACUAACCGGGAGUUACAACUGGGAUUACUUAUUAGAUUGGGGUCCACAAUACCAACCCUUAGCCCAUGUAUUUUCUGAAAUAGCCCGACUGAAAGAUGACGCUGUAUCACUUCAAAGUGCCAACAGUGCUGCAUCUAGCGCUAAAAGUAAGGGGACAUCUUUACCUGGGGGCAAGAGUGUUCCUCCGCCAUUACUUACUACAGUGGCACCUCGGAGCUGUCCAGCUCCUUCGUUGUCGUGUCGGCAACCACAGCACUUACUUCCUCGGUCUCCUAUAAGCCACGAUGUGCCAGGAGGCUUUUCUGCGGCGGCUGCCAUGUCACCGUCUUUCUCCCCUUCUCUAUCACCUUUAGCGACUAGAUCGCCCUCAAUGUCGCCGUUGGUCGGCCCUGGCUUACCACCUAUUCCUGCUAACAGAAAAUCUGCGCAUUCGACUCUAAGAUUAUAAAUACGUUCUAUGCUAGGUGUAAAUAUGUGACUGUCUCGCUCUAAGUAUUGAUAUUAGGAAUAUUUAUUCAAGUGAAUGCCGAUGUGAUCGGUAUUAGUAUUUCAUUAUGUAUCAUUUUGUGCAUGUCAUUUUAUAACUGAAAAGUCUGCCCUGAAUAUGCUCAAAGUGAUUUUAAGCGCUUAUUACCGAUUUUUCCGGUAAAUGUAAAUAUUGUUUUAAAUCGGGUUUAACUUAAUCUUUGUAAAUAUUAAAUUGUUUGUCCUUACUUGUGUAAAAUAUAAAAUAAAGACUGCCAUGUUAAUGUAUUUUUAAUAUAAAACGAAUCAGCUUUACUGUAAGCUAUAAGGUUUAUAAAAUAUAACGAUGUGUACGAUUUAUUUCUUCUUGGCAUUUAUAUUGCAUCCUUAAUACAGUAUUUAGCAUUGAUUAAAUUGUUUCCAAACAUGAUUUUAAUAUUUUAAGUCUACGAUUAACAAUUUGUAUAGAUGAACUUGCAUAAAUCUAAUUGUAUUUCUUUGACACUGUGAUUUUCGUCUAAGUACAUUCGGAAAUGUUAGCUAUUAGCGAAAUAAUGUAAAUAAUUCUGUUUAUAGAAAAUCUUUAAUUAUAAGAUAAAACGACUGUCCUCAGAACAACAUAUUGUUUAUAAAUAAAAAGGAAAAAUAAUAAAAUUUUAAAAAUUAA